AUGUCCCAUAACACCGGGAGAGGUCAUGGGGGUCUUAACCAACUAGGCGGAAUGUUUGUUAAUGGCCGUCCACUUCCGGAGGUGAUCCGGCAACGCAUUGUGGACAUGGCCCACCAGGGCGUUCGGCCUUGUGACAUCUCCCGGCAGCUCCGAGUGAGUCAUGGCUGCGUCAGCAAGAUACUGGGACGUUACUACGAGACAGGCAGCAUCAAGCCUGGCGUGAUCGGUGGCUCCAAGCCCAAGGUGGCCACCCCAAAGGUUGUGGACAAGAUCGCAGAGUACAAAAGGCAGAAUCCCACCAUGUUCGCCUGGGAGAUCAGGGACCGGCUGCUGGCGGAGGGAGUGUGUGACAGUGACACGGUGCCCAGCGUGAGCUCCAUUAACAGAAUAAUUCGAACAAAAGUCCAGCAGCCAUUCAAUCUGCCUCUGGAUGGAAAAGGCCUGAGUCCAGGACAAACCUUGAUCCCCAGUUCGGCAGUCACCCCUCCAGAGUCUCCACAGUCAGACUCUUUGGGCUCCACCUACUCCAUCAGCGGCUUGUUGGGUAUCCCCCAACCCAGUACCGAGGGCAAGAGGAGCCACGAUGACAGUGACCAGGAGAGUUGUCGACACAGCGUGGACUCUCAGGGCAGCGGAGGCGUCCCGAGGAAACAGAUGAGAGUGGAUCAUUUCUCCGCGGCCUCGCAACACCUGGACUGCGGGUUUGAUCGUCACCACUACCCACCAGACUCUUUCAGCUCCGCCUCCGGUAGCAAGACAGAGCAGACUUUGUACCCACUGUCCCUCAUCAAUGGCAGCUUAGAUGAGGCCAAGACCAGCCUCUCAACAUCCAGCUCUGCCAUUGGACGGAAUCUGACAGCACACCAGAGUUACACCAUGGUGACUGAGCCCCUACAGUCCCUGCCGCUCUGUCUAAAACAGGAAAUGUCCCCAGAAGUGACCAGCACGAGCCCCUCCCCAAAUAUGGCGGCUGCAUCCAACCUGGCAUUUGUUGAGCUGCAGGCGCUGCAGAAACCCAUGCCUGUCAGCAACAGCUGCAGCAGCAGCUCCAACCAUUUCCCCAAUGCCUUCAACUCAUUCUCCCAUCAUGCACCAGUGUACGGGCAGUUCAGCAGUCAGUCUAUCAUCUCAGGGCGUGACAUGGUGAGCUCCACCCUGCCGGGUUACCCACCUCACAUCCCCUCCCCUGCCCAGACAGGAUACACCUCCUCUGCCAUCACUGGCAUGGUAGCAGCAGGCGCAGACUACACGGGUCAGUCCUACAGCCACUCGCCAUACACCACCUACAGUGAAGCCUGGAGGUUCACCAACUCCAGUAUACUGGGUUCACCCUAUUAUUACAGCUCAGCCUCCCGCACCGCUCCACCGUCUGCUGCAGCCUACGACCACCUCUAG